AUGCUCGACAGUGGCGAGGAGGAUGACUCGUCUUCAUCUGUAUCGAAAUCAACUGCCGCGCAGGACCACGAGGCUUUCGAGGCACUCCGAAACAAAGUACUUGCACUUGGUUCAGAGCUUCGAGCCCAGUUUCUGAACGUUGAAAAUCUGGAACACGGCUGGGUGGCACGUACUGUUGACUUGACCUUGCAAGAUACUCCUAGUGAGGCAGGGCUCCCAGAUACCACAAAGGCUAUCCUGCGGAUCCCACAUCUUUUCAAAUCGAAGUCAUCUGGGAAUGAAGUUCAUGAGCAUGCAAUCGCACCUGAGACCUCUUCUCGACCUCAAGAUGAUGAAGCUGAAGCGACAAGUGACACCGAGAGCCCUUACGCCUGGUUUAAUAAGAAAGAAUCCAAUCGUCCGGAGAACGCCCGUCUGAACUUGCUUGACGAAGCCGCCGUCCUGAAUUUGCUCGCAAGCUCUAAAAUCCAAGUCCCAAAAGUCAUCGCUCUGGACAUAACCAAAGACAAUCCGAUAGAGUCCCCUUACUCACUCUAUACUCGCCUACCAGGAAUCAAGCUUGGUGAGGUCUGGAAGACCAUGUCUAUGGACAACAAGAUGAACAUCGUGGAAGAACUAGCAGGUAUACUCGCUAGCCUGGACGCAGUUCGAUUUCCCGAAGCAGGCACACUCCUUCACGAUGAUACUAUUUCCGUCACGCAAAUGCCGCUAGAUCUCGUCAAACGCAAUGACAUCGGUAAUCAAGUGGUGGUUGGUGGCUUCCACAGAGGUGCGGGCCUCGACCUCUUCCAUGCAAGAGAUCGACCUAGCGUACCAAGAACCUCAGCACUCUACGACCUUCUCAGCAUGCAUAUCGACGACCACAUCCAGUACCACGAGUUCAUGUCCCCCAAUGGUCCCGAUCCAGGAAUUGCUAAGUUGAAAGAUAUCCUUCAGGAUAUGAAGGACAUGAAUUGGUUCAAGUCAGAUGACGACAGUGCGGAUUACAGUGUUACGAAUCGCUGGUAUACUGUUCCUGAGCAUUUUAUGGUCGAACGAACCAAUAAUGUUGAUGGAUCCUCUGGCUGGCAUAUCACUGGCAUCAUCCAUUGGGAACAUGCUCACUGCGUGCCACCAGUGCUGGCAAGACAGCCUCCCAUGUGGUUGUGGGAUUUCUUUGACGUUGAGCUUCUUCCUCGCUCGAUUCGGAAGUACGUCGGCAUGGACUAUGACAUGAUGCCACUUGAGUACUACAAGGAGAUCAACUCCGAUCAUCUGACUGCAGAGGGCGCACAGCUCAAGGAGCGCUUUGAGCAGGUGAUGGUCGAUAAGAUCUAUGCCUCUAGAUAUGGUGCUAGGGCCAUGGAAGUCUAUAAAGACGAUGCCUAUGGCAGGGGCCGUUGGCUCAGACGCGUAUGGCGCUUUGCAAAGGAAGGCAUUACCGAUAUGAUGGAUGUUUAUUCGUUCAAACAGGUACUGAAAGAAUGGGCCGAAUUCAAACAAACAGGUCAAGUAUCUUACAGUACGGUGUUCGACAGCGAAGACGACUCGCUCACAGACUCCUCGAGAUCGACCAUUGCCUACGACCAGGAAACCUUCGAUACCUUUCACUACAAGGUUAGCACGUUGGGCUCCGAUCUUGGCGUUGUCUUUGAAGACGUUAAACGCAUGAGCGGAGGAUCAUUUGACCGUGUAGUUCCCGCCACUCUUCGAAACCCGCCAGAGACAGCUUCAUGGGCUGACGGAACGAAAGUUAUCAUACGCAUCCCUCGUGUCUGGGACGGGGACCUUGCUAAGGCUCCUGCUCACAAGCAUGGGCGAACCUGUAAAUGCGACGCACAUCCCGAGCGCAAGGUCAAUGAUAGCGAGGAAGAGGAAAACAAAUCGCAGAACACUGGGACAGAUAAUGGAGAGACUGCCACAGACCUCACACCAAACGAGAUCACGACUUUGCCUGUAGGAUCAGAAUCGUGCGCGAACGAUACUUACGCAGACAAUGACACUUCGCCAGAGGAGGAUGAAACAAGUGACACCAGCGAAACUAGUGAUAUCAGCGAUGUCAGUGACAUCAGCAGCAGAAUGAGUUUGAGCAAAGAGCCUUAUAGGUGGGAAAUUCUCGAUGAGACUGUGCUCUACAACCUACUCGAGGACUCGGGUAUUUCUGCACCACGUAUCCUGGCGUUCGACAUCUCACGCGAAAAUGCAUUGCGACUUCCUUACUCGAUACAAACCCGUUUGCCUGGCGUUACAUGGAUCAGUGUCAUCGAAGGCAUGCCUCUCAAGUCCCAGCUACGUCUAGCGGAAGAGCUAGCCGAUGUCAUGGCUCGCUUGCAGACAAUCCAAUUCGACUCGUCCGGAAGACUACUGUGCGACGAGCAGGCAGAAACACCGCUAAGCUUAUCUCUCGGCUCAUCAAGCCGGACUGAACUCAAAGAAAAACUAGAGACAUGGGGCUUCCCGAAGAAAGUUGGACCACUUAUGGACAGUGAAAGAGCCGUACCAGCGCAACCUGUCUGGGACUCUUUGUACGACCUUCUGUUCUUCACGGUGCACGAUCUCCUUACUCGAGAGCUGCAANAAGUUGAACCUCAAGGUCCAUCAGAGCAGCUUGUGCGGAUGUACUUCAAGUUACAAGAUAUGAUACAAGACAUGGAUCGUAUUGGGUGGUUUUCAGAGACGGACAAAGCUCCAUCGAAGAGUGUUCUACACCACUGGGACCUUGAAGCGCGCAACAUCCUGGUCGAACACGAACAGGCAGUUAACAAUCCUUCAGGGCGUUGGCGAAUCACGGGUGUCAUUGACUGGGACCACCCUCAUGCCAUACCUGCAGUUUUGUGCAUGAAGCCUCCAGUGUGGUUAUGGGAUGCAUCAGAUGAUAAAGAACUCCCCGGGAAAGUUCAGGAAUACUAUGACAACGACUUCGAUUGGAUGCCUUUGGAAUAUUACCAANAAGAAAAUGCUCAACAUCUCAAUGCUGAUGGUGUCAAAGUCAAGCAGCGAUUCGAGGAAGCGAUAGUCGAAAGACUGUACAGGGCGCAAUACGGCGCAAAUGCUCACGCCAAGUACCUAGACGAUGCAUAUGGCAGAGGUCGCUGGCUUCGGCGUAUAUGGCGGUUUGCAAGCGAAGGUAUCACCUAUCAUCCAACGCACUACCGACGCAUGGAACAGCUUGAUCGUGAGUGGACUGAGUACAAACGAGUCAAUGGCAUUGAGUACGAUUGCUUUGAGAAUGCCGAAACACUGCGUGUACACUCAUCGAUAGUGUGGCCCAAUAGAGCCCGCGAUGGUGGCCAAAGCGAAUUCAAAAGUAUCUUGCACGAUGUUGCUCCAGAGAUCGACCAGAAUACGGAGGGCAAGACUGUCACCGAGGUAGAGACCGAUGUCGUUGAGGAGGAUAAGCUUGAUGUUGUCGCUCUUGAUCCCACUGCAUCAAAAGACAGCACCGAAGUCCCAGAACAAAAGCUACCACGCUCUAAGACCUUCAGCGCGUAUCUGCACGCUUUCAAAUGCCCUGUUUCUUAG